CGAAUGCACCGUUUAGUUCAAAGUCGAAGUCAGAAGCGAGUACAGGCUGUACGAGACAUCUCCUGGCUGAAGAGUUUGGAGUUAAAAAAAAUGACAGAACAGCCCGUGUUUCUAAACAACGAUGUCGUUGCACCUCUCCUUAGUUACGACGAUUUGAUCCCGCGCCUGGAAGAAGUUUUGGGAAAGUUUUCCCGGAGCGACAGUUCAGAUGUGGUGCAGCCCGUGAGAUCUGUGAUCCCCAUCCAAAAUCACAGCGGGUUUCUGGGGAUGAUGCCUGCAUACAUUGCACAUGAGGACACUUUGUGCAUGAAGAUGGUGGCUUUCUACAGACGUGAAGAAAGCUUAAAUUUACCAUCCACACAAGCCACUGUGUUACUCUUUAACCCUGAAUAUGGCAAUGUCACAGUGGUUAGUCCAGGAAAUCAACAACCCUUACAGCAAACUUGCCCAGAAUUUCCUAUAGUUAUGGAUGGAACAGAUAUCACCCAUAAAAGAACAGCAGCUGUGUCAGCCAUUUCUGCUAAACUUCUGAUGCCAGCUCAGUCGGACGUCUUGUGCAUCCUCGGCUGUGGACACCAGGCUUCCAGCCAUUAUGAAAUCUUCACACAGCUUUUUUCCUUUAAAGAGGUGCGUGUGUGGAGCCGGAGGUUGGAGACAGCUGAGCGGUUUGCUGCGGGUGUCCCCGGUCCUGUUAAAGUAUUUUCUUCUGCCAAAGAGGCAGUGCAUGGAGCGGACAUCAUCGUUACCGUCACUAAUUCUAGUGAACCAGUGCUGUUUGGGGAGUGGGUUAAACCCGGUGCUCAUGUUGCAGCGGUAGGGGCUUGUCGGCCAGACUGGAGAGAACUCGACGACGUGCUGAUGAGAGACGCUGUAAUUUACGUGGACAGCAGAGACGGAGCCGCAGUGGAGUCAGGAGACAUCAUUCUGUCUGGGGCAGAAGUUUUUGCUGAACUUGGAGAAGUUUUAAAUGGAACUCGACCUGCGUUGCGCAACAAGACGACAGUGUUUAAGUCACUGGGUAAAUACUUUCCGUUUAGGACAGGCAAAAUUAGGCUCAAGGAAGAAGUCGCACUGUUUUUCAUAAGUAGACAGAGUUCCUGCUGAUAAGAAAAUAUAAACUGCUAAGUCUCAUUAAUGUUUGCUUUCUUGCUAGAUGACUUGAGAUUUACUUUUGUUUCCCCUGAGACAAUAAAAGGGGCUCUAUUUAAAGCUUGACUGUUUCCAGCUAGUGAUGAUUCAGUCUUAGAAAUGAAACAUACUUAAAGUAUAUUCGCUAAGAUCUGUUUCUGCUUGUUGCUCAUACAUGCUUAUAAACGACUGGCAAAAACUAUGAGUCAAGUGUUGAGAAAAUCAUCAGCUGCUGGGUGUAAAGUGAAGUGGAUUAAGUAUGGUUUCUCUUUUGCAAUGCAGGAAUGGGGAUACAAGAUGCAGUCGCUGCUAAGCUUGUGUUUGACAAGUGGAAGAGCAGCCAGUGACGGACAUGACGUGAAGCGUCAGCAGAGAGAGAAACUCUCAUUUCAGAAACGGAGCACAAAGAGACAUGAAGUAAAUCUCUAUUCACCAGACAUAAUCAUGACAGUGGAAACUAAUUCACUAACUGAUUAACACUUGUAUGAAAUCAUUAAAGCUUGGGACAGAGGACACUGUUUUUCAUUAAUACAUUAGAAGUGUAGUGGUGUACACACUAAAAACAAACAAUUCAGACAUGAUUGAAAUUUUACAUAAGAAAUAGAGAGGGGAAAAAAAAAAAUAAAGCCAUCUGUUGGGAA